AUGAAACACUUUGUACUCUGUGCUCUGGCAGCUCUCGUCCUGUUCCAGGCGGCUGCAAUGGGUUUUAAGGUAAAACGCGUUAUCUAUGUGGUAACACAAACCAACGCCACUGAAACCACAACGACACCUGCACCCACAACCAACACCACCACCGUUGCACCACCGGUGAUUGUUUACUGCACCUGGAAGAACAACUGGUGUCGUCCCGUUUCGAACAGGAACUGCAAGUGGGGCUUCUGCAAGUUCUCCGGUUAGAUAGUCACAAUAAAGACAAAUAACGAUUACCACCAUACGUUUGUUGGCUUUUAUUUGAAAGUCUGGCUUUUGGUAAAAAAAAAACCAGCUGGACUUGCUGGAACGGUUUCAAUCUUAACUGGCGGUUAAGGGUUCGUAUGAAAGCUUUAGCAAAAAUAAUGAUCCAUACUAGACUUAGUAACUAACUAAAUUCGAUUCAAGCAAAUGAUCACCUAAUGCGGGUUAAAGCUUAAUGGGUUAUUAGCGCUAGGAUACAAAGGAUAUACUUGUGUAUAUAGAGAGCUCUCUUAGAAACCGCUUUGGUUUGAAUUCAAUUAAAAUAACUGAAAAUUUUAAGUAUAAUGAUUAAUUUCAAAUCUACAGCGCCUUCUGCCGCCCCAAUGAUAGGGUUAGUUAGUUGUAUGAAUAGUAUUCAGUUUGGUGUGAAGGUUGAAACUAAAAACCUUAUAUAAACAAGAUGAGCAUAUCGCGCAAUCUAUUUUUAGAUUUAAACGCUUAAAGCAUUGUACUAGCAAGAGAAUCGCUUACAAGAAAAUUGCUUGUAUAUGACAAUUCGAAUGCAUGGGCAUUAUGCAUCUUGUUAUUAUAAGGUUCUAGGUGAAACAAUACUUGGUAAUCGGAUUAAACUAGGAUUACAUUCUAGGGUUAGACAAUGCAGACUAAUCUUAACGUAGGAUAUGCAUAUGUGGUGGACAAAGGCUUCGAAUUGAAUAUUACAUUCAGGUUUUUAAUGUAUAUUGU